AUUCUCUUCUAACAUACAGCACUAGCAUACUACGCAUUAUACAUCUCUCGUCUGCGACGAUUCUGCAAAACACACCCACAUCCGAACCAAACCCGAACCAAACACGCCACCUACCGGACAUACGUACCCGCACGCCGAAAACACGAUGUACUCUGCGAUCCUCGCAUUCCUCCCCGCCUCGCUCGAUCUCCUAUACCACGCCUACCUCCCAGCCUCUUCCGGACCAUCCAUCGUGUCUACUGUUGUCGGGUAUGAUCGUCUAGCGGAGGGGAGCUCGAUAGGCGGGGAAUGGGUGAUGGCGGAGAGGGUGACGAUUGAUAUGAGUGGGAGGUGUUGGGCGGGGGAGAAGAGUGUGCAUUGUUGUAGUGGACUGGUAGGGAAGGGUGUGAGCACGAUCAUACCGCUCCUCGCAUCCUAUCAGAUCUUCUACGGCCUUCUCGUCUUUUCCCUCGGCCUAGCAGCGACAUUCCAAUUGAUGGCGAGCAGGAAGUCGUUCGAGGUGGAGAGGCUGAAAGAGUUCCGGACAUUUGCAUUGGGGGUGAUGGUGCUGAAAGAUUUCGCCUCGGUCUGCGGCGCUGUCUUCACAGGCUGCGCGCUGUUGAUUGUCCCCCUGAUCGAAGACUCUAUUCCGGCCGACAACAUAGUCGACGUACGAGUCGGGUGGGGGUUCGUCGUCACCGUCUCUAUGGCGAUUCUCUCGUGCUUUUUCACUUUGGCGUUUGAGAACAACUCGAGGAAGAUGUUGACGGACGGAGAACAGUCAAUCAGGCUUGGAGAUGAAGAUGUCGCUUAUGACGAAGACCCGGAGAAACAGCCUCUCUUGGUGGAGGAUGUAGAGUAAGCUAAGAUCAACGGCUUCUGUAUUUCUGUAUAAUUAUUGUACGGUGGCAGUGAUCUAUAACGCUUGAUGCAUAGCCUG